AUGGCGGUCCCUCAGCGGACACUCAACUGGCUCUACAGUGUAUUGACCAAGGAUCACUACGACCCGCAACAGACCUACCAAGACCCGAAUCGGACCUACCACGAUGUCGCCAACGCGCUCGCCCAGUACCCCUCGCUCUCCCCUCGAACGGAUGUGUACACAUACGAAACAGGCUUCUCGGCCCUCCUCCUGCACCUCGUGGGCACGUUGCCGGUCACCUUCCGAGGGACAACAUACCGAUUCCCCAUUGCGCUAUGGAUUCCAAACACAUACCCACGCGAACCUCCCAUUGCAUAUGUGACCCCGACGCAGGAUAUGGCUGUUCGUGUUGGACAGCAUGUGACGCUGGAGGGGCAGGUGUAUCAUCACUACCUGGCACACUGGGCCGAAGCUUGGGAUAGAUCUAAUAUCGCCGACCUGCUGUCUAUCCUCCAGGAUGUCUUCGCCAAGGAGCCACCUGUCCGAUAUAGACAACCGCCCCAGUCCCAGCCAGUCCAGGCACACACACAAACACCGCCGCCAUUACCUCCUCUUCCACCCGGUGUCGGAAGCUCUGCUACAAAUGUGCAGCCGCAGCGAGCUCAGACUGUAAGCCAGACACCGCCACCGCCUCCACCGAAGCCAGGCGCAACAGGGGAGAAUCGACAGCCGCAGCCAUCACAAUUGGAUGAUCGAUAUCGAUCCCCUCCACCACCACCGAAAGAGCAAGACCCUCGUCAAGCAGCGCUAUCACACCAAACCCCUAGUCUGGGAGCCCGCCCGCAUCAGUACUAUCCGCCUCCUGGCCCACCGGGGCCUAUGUCACCCCCACAGACCCAGGGUGUGACGCCAUAUUAUAGAAACAGCGGAGUCCCACCUCACGUCUCUGCCAAUGUGCCAGGCCAGUCUUCUCCUCGGGCAUAUCAACCGCGACCUCAGUUGCCCCAGUCACAAGUCCCUCAAGCACAAACACCAAUACAAGCCCUUGCUCCAGGCUACCAAGGACAAGGAUACCCUCCCCAACCACACCAGCAACAAGCAGGACCCCCAUACCCCCAACACUCCCCCUACCCAUCAAACUACCCACAUCCACCACCAGCAGCUCCAGCCCCCAAAGCUCAAACUCAAGACCUUCUGACCUCCCCUUUCGAAGUCGAGCUUCCAUCAAUUGCACCUACAGGACCUGCACCCCCAAUUCCCCCAAACCCGGAGAAAGAUGCGUUGCUGCACGCUGUAUCGCAAUCCCUGGCAGAAAUCCUCCGCAACAACGCCGCUCAAUCCGAUACAGCAGCCCAGUCUCUUGUCUCGCAGUCACGCUCUCUACAGGCUGCUAUGGCUACCCUGCAAGGCGAGGUUUCAAACUUGAAUGCUCUACACGCGACAUUACAGUCCAACACCACUGUUCUGCAGCAGUCUAUUCAUCGUGCUGAUGCUACCAUUGCCGAUGCCCAGGCUCGCUCGACGUCUGUUCAGAAUUCCGGUGCGCCUUCAGCUUCAACUGCUCCCAGUGAUACGCCCGCCGGUCUUCCUCCCAUUGAUGAUAUUUUGGUUGCACCUACUGUCGUCGGGAAGCAGCUGUAUGAUCUCGUUGCUGAGGAGCAGGGUAUCCAGCAGGCACUCUAUGCGCUGCAGGCUGCGCUGGUUCGGGGUGUCAUUGGUGUUGAUUCUUGGUCGCGGCAUACGCGUAGUCUUUCCCGUGAGGCUCUACUUAAACGGGCUUUGAUUCGUAAGAUUGGUCGUGGGAUGGGGUUGGAGGAGAGUGUGGUUUGA